AUGCAAUUAUACAAACGCAUCAAUAGCAAACUUUGUGAGGAGAUGCGACGGCGCCCCACACGGUCCAGAUGUAACGAUGGCUACGAUGACAAACAUGGUCACUAUUUUAUGUACACAGGUGAGGAAAUAUGGGGACGGUACACCGUAUUAGGUGCAUUGGGACGUGGCAGCUUUGGAACUGUGCUGAGAUGCUUUGACGAGAAGCAUCAGGAACAGGUGGCGGUGAAGGUGGUUCGGAAUGGGGAUUACUUUCGUGCGCAAGGUCUGAUAGAGGUGGACAUCGUUUCGCGGUUAAAUAACAUUCCUGCAUUAGACAAUUUGGUUGUGCGGUUGAGAAAGGUGUUCAUGUGGAAGAAUCAUUUGGUACUGGUGUUUGAGAUGUUAAGCAUGAAUCUCUUCCAGUUAAUCCAACGAACGAACUAUAAUGGUGUCAGUCUUGACCUAACCAGAAAGUUUGCCUACCAGCUGGUGCUUGUGCUGAAGCAGUUAGAGGAGCAUGAUCCACCGAUAAUUCACAGUGACGUAAAGCCUGAGAAUGUCGUUCUUCGGGACGCAAGUCGCAGUAGCAUUCGCCUUAUUGAUUUUGGAAGCGCCUGCUUCAUGAGGCAAGGAGCAACACUAUACAAGUACGUGCAGUCUCGUUUCUACCGUAGUGUUGAAGUUAUAUUAGAACUUAACUACGACACAGCCAUCGAUAGAUGGUCCCUUGGUUGCAUGCUCGUUGAGCUUCACACCGGUGUGCCACUGUUUCCGGGCAAAACAGAAGUUGAUCAAAUUGCACGCUUUACCGGCGUCCUCGGGCCGAUACCCGACGAUAUGAUCGAGCGCAGUGGGAAGAAGGAUAUAUUUUUUCACGACAGUAGACAAUCGCAACAACAACAUCCACUGGGAACGGGUUGCCCUCCAGAAGAUACCCCUGAGGAAGAGACAUUACCCGCGGUUGGGCAGCGUCAGGAGGUUGUAGCAUCACCAUCACCAGUUAUAGCUGCCGAUGUGCUUCACAGUCUCUCAGCCGCAUCGUCCGUAUCUGCUGUGACAGCGACGUCGGGUCCGCAAGGGGCUUGCAGUAGUGGUGUUCCUGCAACUUCCGGGCCUUCCCCCACAUGCACGACGGCUGCUUCUUUGAGUGGUCGAAUUGUUACAAGAAACGCUACAUGUGUGCCAUGCAGUAGCACCUUAGGGAUGUCUUGCCAAGGUGGUAGUGGCGCUAGCAAUAACAACAUUGCGAGUACCAAGGGGACCUCAGCAUCGGCCACUUCUGCAGCGCGUCGCCCAAUGACUGCUGUUAACAUGACUUCCUCGGGUAAGAAAGGUGGUGCCGCACCGUCAACUGCAAUGACGGGUGCAAGUCGGGGUUUGUCAUCGACCCCUUCAGCGUAUAAGAUGCGUUUCCCCUCCUCGAAUAGUUUAAAACCUCAGUCGAAGUCCCCAUCUACCAGCAACGUAGGCGUCGCAAAUGCCAACACAGCUGUGGACAGUGGUGGAGGAAACAGCAAUGCAACUGAAAAUGCAGGCCAUUCCACAGCUGUGGUUUCUUCCCGUGCCCCCGCGUGGUCCCGCCCAUCCAAUUCAACUCCAAAGCUACGGCCGGCAGCGGGCGUGCCGGGAAGUGGAACGGGACCUCUUUUUGGUACUUCCACUUUGCCACAGGGUCGAGUUACCGCUCCGCAGCAGAUGGAGGCAACAACGGCGAAGAGCCCGUUUACACUUCGGGUUCCUCCGACUCCCGAACAAUGUCAGAGUCUCGCUGAUAUUAUUGGUGUUUACACGGGAGGGCCACGAGGUUGUCGUCGUGGUCAAGCAGGACAUGAUGUUAGUGACUACCUGGUGUUUUUAGACUUUAUCCAGCGGCUACUCUGCUAUGACCCAAAGGAGCGUUUGAGCUGCGCUGAUGCAUUAAGACAUCCUUUCUUAUCAGCUUUAGAGGUGCAAAGGCAGUGGAAGUAUUUGGGCGUUGGUUCCUCUUAG